AUGGGUUCCUGGGGUGAGCAGACGUCGCGAAGGACAGACCGAAUGCCUACCAUGCGCGCCCAAGUCAACACAAACAAACAGUCAAACCCCUACACUGCAGAUGAUUUGGUCAAAAAUGCAAUGAUGGUAGGUGUUCGAAUUUACCCUGCCCAAAUCUUAGAGCUUCUUGUGCCUGACAAUGGAAAGAACGACCUUGGUACUAUCCGCAUAAACGAGUUGCCACUCGACGACACUCCCAACUCGCGAUACAUUCCACAGCGGCCUCGUCAACCGCCUGCCGUUACCGAGAACAGCGAGGCUCUGGAUGGUUACCGCGCAAUGGCGGAGAAGGGGAUUGACGACGCCGAAGCUAUGGCUGUUAGAGAUCUAGAUGAUCUGGGCGGACCUAGCGUUCAUCGACCCACCGCAGGCCGAGUGAAGAACUUCAUGGCCGAAGUUCGUUGUCCCACCACAAGCUUUCAGGGAAUGAAGACGAGCCGGAACGGUAUUCUGCUUCCUCCCGGCGUUGCGGUUCAUCGAUUCGACCCGGAUAAUUCUCCUACGGUCUCGAGAAAUCCAGUCGCAGUUGCCAGCCCACAAUCUGGUAACGCUGCGGUAGCGCAAGCAUCCAAGAAGUCCUUGCCUCCUCAUCUGAGGAUGAAGAAGAAAAUGGAGACUGUCUUGCCCAGCAAACCUGGUCCUGAGAAUGGAAGAUCUGUGGAAGCCACCAAGCCAGUCACGACGGAUAUCUCUACAGCUUCUCAAACUGGAGAAAUCGCAGUAUCCCUUCCAACACCCGUGACAACCAAGGAGCUUCUCAAGGACCAGAGUGUCGAAACCGGGUCCAAAAACAUUCAAUUUUCUGUCACUCAUGUCAACACCGUCAAGGAUGACCACGCUUCUCAGAGAAUUGGCUCAAAGGACGACGAAGUCGUGAUCUUUUGGACUGGUUCAUGCAUGACUUGGGUCCCUGAGAAGGGGAAGGAUCACAUGGUCAUGAUCGAUCUUAAAGUCAUCAACGCCGCAGUGGGCACCGAGGGACAAUCUCUUUUUGUCAUGACACUCCCCGAGGUGUUCGUCAAGAAGCACAAUAUGAGCUUCUACACCCUCGAAAUCACGAAGGGUAACCUUUGUGUUGUCAAAUUCGUCAACCAUGGCAAUGGUAGGGAAGAGGGUCGUUACCGACUGAAAUUCCAAGACGAGAUGACAGCCACAAACUUUCAGGACCGGGCAGCAGUGCUACAGAGAGUCAUGGGCUACCUCAGCGAUGUAGCUGCUGCUAACAAUGAUAUGGGAGUUGAAGUCGUCCCUGUCGCCGAGCAGAACGCGACUCCAGAGUCAAAGGCGGUGAUCGAGAAAAUGGGAUCGUCAGCAAAAGACGACGAAAACGCUCCCAAGGAAUCAGAAAUCAGUACGGAUGUCAUCACAGAUGCCUUUAACAAUCUUUCUCUCAACAAGGUCAAGGACGCCGAUAUGUACAAGGCCAAUCGACAGCGUGUAAGCUACAGUGCUGAGGAGUUGUUGGAGCAGCGUGCUUCUGCCCGGACUCCUCUUGGUAUCACCGACGUCAAGAUACCUCUGAACCGACAUGGAAAAGAGCCGAAAAAUACGUCAUCGACUACUCAAGACGUCCUCGAGCAGGACCGCCAAUCAAAGAAAUCGCCCACCGUGCAUGAAAGCGCCAAACUGAAGGACUGGAUUACAGGCAAACGGCCUCAACCUAAGACCGGAGGAAGCUUUCAUAUCUCAAUGCCUGGCUUGUCUGAGGCAGUCCAGUACCAGAAGGCAGCUGCCGCCACUACCAAAUCUUCAGCUCAGGUAGGCAAAGGGUCUUCGUCGGAAAAUAAACCCGUCAAUGACAUCGUUGACAAGAAUGAGAUCAAGGCUGACGGUGCGCCCGAGAACGACAUGGGCGGUGCAAACGACGAAGCUCAGAUGGGUUCGACAGCGAAUGGCACCAACCCUACCACUCCAAAGUCGACGGAUGCGGGUGCCAGUAUCGGCCCCGAGGUUUCUGUUGCUCAGGCCACCACUGUUGUGGAAGCUCCCAUCGCCGCUGAACCCAAAAAAUCCAAUGACCGGGCUGCGGACUCUGGUGCUUCAAGCGAUUUUGCAGUUGAAUUUCAACCUCCUUCCAAUGACAAACACCCUUCCAGUAUUGCCAUUGAUCAGAAUAACCAAGCGAAGAUGAACGAUACUGCUACAUACUUCGAAAUGGAAGUGUCUGCCCCUGCUGCCUCCGUUGUUGUCGAUGAGCAGGAUAGCUCUUCGAAGGAAACACCUGCGAUGGUUUCUGGGCAAGCGGUCUCCACGAUCACCCACACAGCGACUCUUACGCCAUCCUUUGCAGUUCAUCCCAACAUUCUUUCCGGGAUCCAAAGCCAAAGCAGCCAGAGAAUCUCAGUUGCUAUGCCAGUGCCUCAUCUGACAUCGCCGCAGAUGACAUCGCCUCUCUUGGCGACACCCCACAUGGCCCAACCCAAUGUCACUUACACGCCCCAAAUGGAUGCGCAUUCCAUAAUUCCCGGUUUUCAGUGUCCACCGGCCGGUAUCGUGCACUCUGUGAGCGUCACUUAUCACAUCAGCUAUCCUGGACAAUCCAACGGACAACCCCCGAAUCCCAGCCAAGAGAAUGUGCAUGCCAUCCAUCGCGUCACAGACCUAAUCGGACAGCAGACAGGUAGAGCAUUCUCACCCAAUGCUCAAGAAUUCCAGCCUCAUUCCCAGCGCGAUCAAUCUCGGAGGGGUUCUGGUAAUAAUCGUAUGCGGAGAGGACUUGGGAGCUCAAUUUUCGCCACUGGAUACAGCAGCGCCAAGCAUGCGGGUAGUUUCACUGGAGCGCCUUCUGAGUGA